AUGGCCACCGUCCUGAGCAGCCUCCGCGCGCCGGCGUUUCCCUCCUCCCUCCGCGUCGCGCCGGCGCCGGCGCUCGCCACCGUCGCGCUGCCAGCAGCGACCAAGGCGGCCGUGGCCCGCGGCGCCAGGCUGCGCGCGCAGGCCACCUACAACGUGAAGCUCGUCACCCCGGAGGGGGAGGUGGAGCUGCAGGUGCCCGACGACGUGUACAUCCUGGACCAGGCCGAGGAAGAAGGCAUCGAGCUGCCCUACUCCUGCCGCGCGGGGUCCUGCUCCUCCUGCGCCGGCAAGGUCGUCGCCGGCAGCGUCGACCAGUCCGACCAGAGCUUCCUCGACGACGACCAGAUCGCCGCCGGCUGGGUCCUCACCUGCGCCGCCUACCCCACCUCCGAUGUCGUCAUCGCAACGCACUUGGAGGAGGAGCUCACCGGCGGCGCCUAA